CGCCGGAUGGCUGGGGGGGGGGGACGGGCUGCCCAGUGCCACAUCACAGAGCCCACCAUGCCGCCCCCGUCGCCGCUGCUGCUGCUGAUGCUCCUGGCCGCAGCCACCAGCCCUGGGUGCGAGCCGGGCCAGGACCCCGUGGGUGGAUGCCAGAGGCCGCCGGCUGCAGACAGCGCAUGCGAGGACCUGCGGCUGCAGACGUGUGCGGACGCGCCCUACGGCCAGACGGCCUUCCCCACACCGCUCGGCCACCGCUCCCGCCGGGCCCUGGAGGACAGCGUGGAGUACGUGCUCCUGGGGGUGCUGCCGCAGCUGCUGGGGGGCCAGUGCGACCCGGACCUGAGGCUGCUGGGCUGUGCGGUGCUGGCGCCCCCCUGCGAGGCCGGCCGCAGGCUCCGGCCCUGUCGCCACGUGUGCCAGGCCCUGCGUGCCACCUGCCGGCCGGCCCUGGACGCCAUCGGCAUGGCCUGGCCCUACUUCCUGGACUGCGGCGACCACUUCGCGGCCGCUGCUGAGGGCUGCUUUGACCCCCUGGAAAGGCUGCGGGGAGACCUGGAGGAGGACGAGCCCCCCCCCUCCGGCCUGCCCCCCACCUUCCUCCACUUCGCGCACCACUCACACGCGCAGAUGGUCAGGCUGCUGAGACGCACGGCCGCCCGCUGUCCCCAGGUGGCCAGGACCUACAGCAUCGGCCGCAGCUUCCACGGCCGGGACCUUCUCGUCAUCGAGUUCUCGGACCGGCCAGGCCAGCACGAGCUGAUGGAGCCCGAGGUGAAGCUGGUGGGCAACAUGCAUGGCAACGAGGUCGCAGGCCGGGAGCUGCUGCUCUUGCUGGCCCAGUUCCUGUGUUCCCAGCACCUGCUGGGCAGCCGGCGGGUGGGCAGGCUGCUCAACUCCACACGGCUGCACCUGCUGCCCUCCCUCAACCCCGACGGCUACGAGGUGGCCGCGGCCGAGGGCCCCGGCUACAACAGCUGGACCAGCGGCCGGCAGAACGCACAGAGCCUGGACCUGAACCGCAACUUCCCGGAUCUCACUUCGGAGUACUACCGCCUGGUGGGGGCGGGGGGCCGGAGCAGCGACCAUAUUCCCAUCCCCCAGGACUACUGGGCGGGCCAGGUGGCCCCCGAGACCAGGGCCGUCAUGAAGUGGCUGGACUCAGUCCCCUUCCUGCUGUCUGCUAGCCUGCACGGGGGCGACCUGGUGGUGUCCUACCCCUUCGACUUCUCCCAGCACCCGGGGGAGGAGAGGGCUUUCUCCCCAACCCCUGACGAGAAGAUGUUCAAGCUCCUGGCCCGGGCCUACGCGGAUGUGCACCCCGCCAUGAUGGAGCGCUCGGAGCACAGGUGUGGGGGCAGCUUCCUCAGCAGGGGCAGUGUCAUCAACGGGGCCGACUGGUACAGCUUCACCGGAGGCAUGUCAGACUUCAACUACCUGCACAGCAACUGCUUCGAGGUGACGGUGGAGCUGGGCUGUGUCAAGUUCCCGCCUGAGGAGGCGCUGUACCCGCUGUGGUUGCAGAACAAAGAGCCGCUGCUCAGCUUCCUGGAGGCGGCACACCGCGGCAUCAAGGGCAUGGUGGUGGACCCGUCCGGGAAGCCGGUGAAGGACGCCCGCAUCCUGGUCAAGGGCAUCCGCCACGACGUCACCACGGCGCCCGGCGGUGACUACUGGCGCCUGCUGCCCCCUGGCUCGCACAUCGUCAUGGCCCAGGCCCCCGGCUACUCCCGCGUGGUCAAGAAGGUGACUAUCCCGGCCCGCAUGCGCACGGCCGGCCGCGUGGACUUCGUGCUGCAGCCGCGGGGGGCGUGGGGGGGCGGGCGGGGGCCACCCGGGGACGCCCAAGAUCAGAGGUCCCGGGGCCCGGAGGGUGGGGCCAAGCCCUGGUGGUGGAGGUACUUUGCAGCUCUGGGCGGCCACCAGCCCCGAUGGCUGCUUCCCUAACAGCUGUCAUUAAAGACGCUCGCCCGUCCCUGAGGUCA